AUGAAGAUGCAAGGCUCCAAAGCUAAGAUAUUCAGAGAAUGGUUCCGAGAAUAUACAGCGGCGGGAGGCGAUGAUCUCUCAAACGAUUCCGAUAUCGUUCAGGCCGUGUAUUCCGACGAGCUUGAUGCUAAAUUCAUUGAACAACGAAUAAUUUCACUUCGCGACCGAGGUGCUUUCUGGGAAUGCAGAACGACAAUUGCAUCCGAGUACUUGCCAGAUGGUUUUCCACGUUUACAAGUCUCGCCCCUUGUCAGCCGAAAGGGGAAAUUGCAACUCCACUGGCCUGAUAUCGUGCGGCUCUAUUCUGCAGCAAAUCUAACCUUUGGGAACGAUAAACUGCCAGCACUUUCUGGAACCGCGAGACUUGGAUAUACUGAAACCGGCGAUCUCUAUCUUGCGGGGUUGUGGAGGGAUAACCUUGAGGAGCAGCUAUGCUGGGCUCGUCCGAGAUUACAAUCCAGUAUUAUGCGACCACGACCACCUUGGAGAGCGCCGACUUGGUUUUGGGCCUCUAUAGAUGGAAACGUGACCUGGUAUGCUCGGCAGAAAGGUAUCCUUGAAACCGCGUACGCGCAAGUCUUAGAUGCGUACACAACAAAAUACGGCUAUGAUCCGUUCGGGCAGAUGACCAGUGGAGUCAUUCGAGUUGCUUGCUCAACUAUGGCAGCCGGCUACUUGGUCCACCCCAGUGAAUCUAAUAAUCCUGCCUAA